UGCGUGCGUCCGUCUCCGCGGCGCGUGCGAAAAAAAAACACACAUACAAACCAAAAGCUUUUUUUGAAAUCCCGUUAUGGACGAAGGAGAGGAUGGCGAGGAAGACCACGGACUCCACGGGAUGAAGAAUUUGACGCCAGGAGGGGGAGCAGCGGCGGCGGCGACAGCAAGCAAGACCCCCAGCGGCGGCGAGCACGAGCACGGUAACGGCGAGCCUCGCACGGCGGUGGACGCGCCCGGCUCCUGUGGCCACUCGCCCGGCAAGGCUGGCCGGGACGCAGGCGAGGAAGAGGGCGGCAUGCGGCGCGUGCUGAACGGCGACUGCCGGAGAGACGACCCCUCCUCCGCCGCCACCUCCUCUAAGCGCGAGAAGCAACAGCAGCAGCAACAGCAGACGCCUGACCACGACCUCCACCACUACCAAGACAUGGAUGGCGCCGCUGAGCCCGCGCCCACCACCACUACCACCGCCACGACCACCACGGGCGUCCCGGACAAGAAAGACCCACGCGUGUCCUUCUCCAACGCGCCCAGCCGGAAGGCGUCCGGCCCGUCCAAAGUGCCCGAGGACGGGCAGAUCGCCGCCGAGGAUGGAGGAGAGGUGCGCGAUGGCCAGACGUACAUGCAGCGGCAGUUCAGCUCCAUGCUGCAGCCCGGAGUCAACAAGUUCUCCCUGCGUAUGUUCGGCAGCCAGAAGGCGGUGGAGAAAGAGCAAGAGCGCGUCAAGAGCGCGGGGAACUGGAUCAUCCACCCCUACAGCGACUUCAGGUUCUACUGGGACAUCACAAUGCUGAUGUUCAUGGUGGGCAACCUAAUUAUCAUUCCCGUGGGCAUCACCUUCUUCAAAGAUGAGACCACCACGCCCUGGAUUAUCUUCAACGUGGUGUCGGACACUUUCUUCCUCAUGGACCUGGUGCUCAAUUUCCGCACGGGCAUCGUCUUCGAAGACAACACAGAGAUCAUUCUGGACCCCAAAAUGAUCAAGAAAAAGUACUUGCGGACCUGGUUUGUAGUGGACUUCAUCUCAUCCAUCCCGGUGGAUUAUAUUUUUCUCAUCGUGGAGAAAGGGAUCGACUCAGAGGUUUACAAGACGGCGAGGGCGCUGCGCAUCGUGCGCUUCACCAAAAUCCUUAGUCUUUUGCGACUUCUCAGACUUUCCAGACUUAUCCGCUACAUCCAUCAGUGGGAGGAGAUCUUUCACAUGACCUAUGACCUCGCCAGUGCUGUGAUGAGAAUCAUUAACCUAAUCGGGAUGAUGCUGCUGCUGUGUCACUGGGACGGCUGCCUGCAGUUUCUGGUGCCCAUGCUGCAGGACUUCCCGUCUGAUUGCUGGGUGUCCCUCAACAAGAUGGUGAACGACUCAUGGAGCGAGUUGUACUCCUUCGCCCUGUUCAAGGCCAUGAGCCAUAUGCUGUGUAUCGGGUACGGGCGCCAGGCCCCUGAGAGCAUGUCUGAUAUCUGGCUCACCAUGCUCAGCAUGAUCGUGGGAGCCACCUGUUACGCCAUGUUCAUCGGCCAUGCCACCGCCCUCAUCCAGUCCCUGGACUCUUCACGCCGCCAGUACCAGGAAAAGUACAAACAAGUGGAACAGUACAUGUCCUUUCACAAACUUCCAGCGGACUUCCGGCAGAAGAUUCACGAUUACUAUGAGCACAGAUACCAAGGCAAGAUGUUUGAUGAGGAGAGUAUUUUGGAGGAGCUAAAUGAGCCACUGAGAGAGGAAAUUGUCAACUUCAACUGCCGCAAGCUGGUGGCCUCCAUGCCGCUGUUCGCCAAUGCUGACCCCAACUUUGUCACAGCCAUGUUGACGAAGCUCCGCUUUGAGGUCUUCCAGCCAGGGGAUUAUAUCAUUCGGGAAGGAACCAUCGGCAAAAAGAUGUACUUCAUCCAGCACGGGGUUGUGAGCGUCCUUACCAAAGGCAACAUAGGCAUGAAAUUAUCUGAUGGAUCUUACUUUGGAGAGAUUUGUCUGCUAACACGUGGGAGGCGCACGGCCAGUGUGCGAGCAGACACCUACUGCCGCCUCUAUUCACUGUCUGUGGACAACUUCAAUGAAGUCCUGGAGGAGUAUCCCAUGAUGAGGAGAGCCUUCGAGACGGUGGCCAUUGACAGACUCGAUCGGAUAGGCAAGAAAAACUCCAUCCUGAUGCACAAAGUCCAGCACGACCUAAACUCUGGCGUCUUCAACAACCGCGAGAAUGAGUUGAUUCAGGAGAUUGUGAAGUACGACCGGGAGAUGGUGAAGCUGGUGGACUUACAGAGGCCCCGCGCUAUGUCCGCCACUCCCUCCACCCAUGGGACCAUGUUCCCUCCUUCUAGCCAGCCACCCACCAGCUCCGCCAUCGCCACCCUGCAGCAGGCCGUGGCCAUGAGCUUUUGCCCACAGAUGGCAAACCCUCUGACAGGUCAUGGCGCUCUCCAGUCCCCUCGCAUGGUGCGGCGCUUCCAGGUGGUCCAGAGUCUUGCCAGUCCCGGGACCCAGCAGACGCCUCCAGGUUCCCAAUUCUCUGCCGGCGCUCUGGCCUCUGCCCUUGCAGGGACGCCCAUCCAGAGCCCCUUGGCCACAGCUGGCCGAACGUUCCAGUACAGCUCCAGCCCCAUGGGUGCCCCCUCAGGGUCCCAGCUGUCCUUGGUGCAGCAGCACGUCCCCAGCCCCACGCACCGAGCAGCAGCCCCCAGGAGCACAAUAACCCAGGACGUCCGAGCCCUCUCGGCCUCCCAGCCGUCCUUGCCACACGACGUGGUGCAGCCGGCUGCCCCCAGCCCGCCCCAAUCCACCCGAGUAUCUUCCACUUCCAUCGGACCCCCUCAGAAUCUUCCAGGACCCACAGGCUUCCGGGCUGCCAUUCCUCCAAGGAUGACGCUUCCACACCAGAUGUCUGUGGGGGCGUUCCCGCCCGCCUCCCUGCCCCAAAUGAGGCCAAGCCAGGACUCGGGACUGCCCAAGAAGGAUUCAGUAAUCAGCCUUCCAGACACGGACCAUCACGUCAGAUCUAGAUUAUCUUCCAAUUUGUGACCUUCUGACAGAGCUGGGGGGUGCUGGCUGUGUGCUUUAGCUGGGUGUUUCUUCCUUCAGCAAGUAUGUUUCUCUACUCCUUGUCACACCCCGGAUCUUACUCUAAGAAUGUAUGCAGUGUGAUUGGUGACAAGGGGAGGUGACUAGAACUACCAGACUUGACAACUAUUAACCAUACAAAGUCUGUAAAAUUGAAGAUUCAAACAUCACUGAGAUGUUUCUGUUGUACCCACAAGCAUAAACAUCAAUGUAGCUUUCUCCCACACAGUUUGCCUCUCUUCAUAAUUGCUUUCUUUAUUGUGGUCGUAUUCUCAAACAUUGCAAGAAAAAUAGUCUGUCAUACUGUAGUCCAAAUGAUGCAAUGCAGAGUGGCCUGGGACGCUGACACAGAGGGGACAGGUGACGUGCUUUUGAUUACAAUGUAGGAGCCACCUCUUUACAGAAGUCUUUAUGAUGCUGCACCUAGGGGAGGGGGGAUGACAUACUUCUAAUUACAAUGUAGAAGCUGACUCUUUACAGAAGUCUUUAUGAUGCAAUGAAGAGUGGGCUGCAACCAGGGAGGGGGGAUGACGUGCUUCUAAUUAUUCUGUCGAAGCCGACUCUUUACAAGUAUUUUUUUUAUUAGACAACAGCCCUUUGACCUAUAAUUCAGCAAUAUUAAAACUGCUAUAGGAAAACAGGCAAAAAGCUACACUGUAAAACAUUCUUGGUAUUUUACGUCAACCUUCUACGUAGCUUAUUUUAAUCUUCUCAACUUAGUUUAGCCAAAAGUUUUCCUCUUACUGCAUCUUACGAUAGUUUGUAGUUGAGCUUACUCAGAACUUAAUUGGUUAGGUCAACAAAAUACUACUUUAAAAGUAGUUUACUAAAAAAAUUGCAUAUUUUUGUCAGAUUUUUUAAAAUCACCAGUUUAGUUAAUGCUAAAUCCCACCCACGGGUUAGGACUUCCCCAACGCACAGUGCCCCUAGCCUGGACAGGUGACAGCUUCUACUGCUCAGAGCUCCUGAUGAUUAAGCAGUUAGACAGUUGUACCACUCAGUAGCCGUAUUUUAUGCUUUAUUUGUUUUCAAUAUAUUAAAUUCGGCAAAUAAACAGUAAUUGUGCAUUAAAAUGUGCAUGUGGAUGUGCUAACUUAUUUUUCACUUAGAAAACAGACCAGGGGCUCACAUGACUGUAAAAGGUUGAUGUAAAAUAUUAAGUUCUGUAUUUUUAUAGUUGACAGUGUAGCGUAUUUGACAGCUGAUCAAUCUGGAAGCACAUUCUUACUGAUAGCAACGUCUUUCUUUUUUUUCUCCCUCUAGACCAAAGUUGGGCCAAAAAGAAACAAUAUUAUUAUGUGUUUAAAUGAAAAGAUGGAAACAAAUAUAACUUCAUUGCCUUGAUUUCCACUUAGAAGCCAUAUUCUUUGUCCAGGCCUGUGUGUGUCUGUAUGUGUGUGUUUUAAAUAUUCAAAUAUAUUCAAAUAUUCGCCCAUAUUUACAACCCAUGACGGAUUUAUAUAAGUUACUCUUUGUAUCUGUCAAACAAAUUAAAAAUGGUUGUGUUUAGCUACAGUGGAAACAGAGAGCAGUAUGCAAAGAGAGGAUUUGCUAAUAAUGGCAACAAUACUGUAAAUACAUUUUUAUCUAUUCUUAUUGGUGGGUGUAACACUUAGUCAACACUUUCGCAGUGUCUGCUGCAUCUCAACGCGCUCACAUUCCACUUCACACGUGGAUAUUCAGCGGGAAUUAAUGCAAUUAUUCACGCAGGCUAGCUUCUCAGAUUCAGUCACGUACUUCCCUUAGUAAUGUGAAGAGAAUGUAGCAGCAUCCAAUGUGUGAAGACCCCCCUCCCCCACCUGCGUUAUCAGAGUCACAUGGGAUGUCAGGCACCGAACGCUCCGAGCUAGCUCUGUCCACAGCCAUGCCUUGGCGUCAGAAAGGGUGAGUGAGAUUACGUGAGCCACUUCUAGUGAUUACCUGUUUCCCAUGAUGAGUCUUUCCGUGCUCAUCUGCUGUCUAUGGUUCGGCUUCAGCGAAUAACUGACUCUCCAUAGCUGCGUAAUGAGGUGACUUCCACUCAGUCACUUGCUCCAUAAAAGCCCUUAUUGAUCCUGCUGUUUCUUUUCAGCACUGCGUUGUUUGAUGAUGGCUGGCUGCAACCUCCCAUGUGUCCCCCCCACCCUUGAUUUAUCAAUGUGUUGUCUACCCAGACGGAUCACCUGUGAAGGCCUGCUAUGUGUUAUAUUCUCAAUACAUUGUAAAGAGGCCUCCAGUUUAAGAUUUAUACAAGCCUUGUCUCGUUUAUGACCUUAGAGAGUGGCUUAUAUCUGGGAAUAUGGUUAAAAGUGGUUACAGAUUAUUUAUUGGGGUGGGCAAUAUGGCAAAAUAUAAGAUCAAGAUGCUUAAAGACAUUUUCUAAUUUCAUAAGCUGGAAAAAAAUAUCAAAUGUUAUGGAUGCAAUGACUUUAUUCAAUGUUUUGCAUAAUGCACUGCGCUAAACCCAGUUAAACAGGACUUAUUAUGUUUGUAAUGAAACAUCCAGUAAUGACAGUAUCCACAGUAUGCUCAGGAAAGCAUAUUGUGAUUUAAUGUGAUGAUAACGAUAAAUGCCUUCAUAUUGCCCACCCCUGAUUAUUUACAGUAUGGUGCAAAAGUCAAAGACCACCCAUCAUUUAUUAAUUUCCAGCCAAAAUGACCAUUUAGUACAAG